UAUUCAUCGAUUAUCUAUGAAUAAUUAAUCACCAACGUGCUCUUGGUUUAGGAUCCGUGUAUAUUAAGACUAUUUUAAGGGUUUUCAGAGCAUCAUGGCUGGAGUAAUGCCUGUGAACCCCAAGCCAUUUCUUAGUGGUUUGACUGGAAAGUCUGUAAUCGUCAAACUCAAGUGGGGUAUGGAGUACAAGGGAUACCUUGUCUCUACUGAUAGCUACAUGAAUGUACAGCUUGCAAACACUGAAGAAUAUAUAGAUGGUUCUCUUACAGGAAACUUGGGUGAAGUUCUAAUAAGAUGUAACAAUGUGCUCUAUGUUAGAGGAAUAGAAGAUGAAGAGGAGGGGGAAAUGCAAGAAUGAGAAGAAAGGAAAGAUGAAACAGACAGCUUUGUAAUCCUUCUCAUUGUUUUAUUAUUAUCCUAGCAACAAAAUCGUCUUUAGCCCA